UUAUUAUCAAAUGACUUCUAGAUCAACUAUCGACUUGAGAGAAAUGCUCAGCAAGAGCAAGAAGAAAGAAAUCAGAGACCGAUAUAAAGAAGAGAAUUAUGACGCUGUUCCAAAUAUUGAACAGGUGCCGGGCCAUAAGAUUGCUUUAGCAAACUCCCUGAGUGCAACUGCGCCUAUUAGAGGCUCCGCCGGGCACUUAAGAAAUCUCUCUGCAUUCAAUCAUUCUAAAUAAGCAUGAUGGCCUUGAGUUGCCAGCUAUUAGGAAUUCUAAUAAGGAAUCACUCGUGACUCAAGAUCUUGAACGUAAGCUAAAAUAACCUGUCAAACCUAUCCAAGAACGAUAAAGAGAUAAUUGAGAUGCAACGUAAAAAGUUACAUCUUCAGAAAUUCGAAAACGAAAAGAUGUUGAAAAAGAUAGAUGUCCUCAAGCUCAAUUAUGAAACUCUGUCAAAUUCAGCCAAGAAAGACAAGGAAGAGUAUCUCAAGCUCAAGCUUGAGAAUGACAAAAAUCUGUCAGAAAUAGACAAACUCAAGGAAGAAAAUGUCGAGCUAGGCCAAGGCAAAAAUUCCACUGAAACUCAGUGUAUUAGAUACAGAGAAGAGAUCAAUAGAAUCACCAACCUCAAUAAAGAAAUGGAGGAGGAGCUCAAGAAGGCCAACCAAGAGUCAGAUGUCAAGACUGAAGAGAUCAAGAAGAUCCAUCAAGCUAGUUACACCCAGAAGGAGGAUAUUGCGAAGAAAGAUAACCAAAUCACUGACCUCACAAAACAGUUAGCCAAGCUCAAGGAAGAGCUUGAAUCGACCAUAGCGAACAGUGUCGAAGUCAAAAUAGUCAAUGAGAUCCGCUCUGAAAAUGAAGCCUUACGUUCUUCAGUAGAGCAGCUUACAAAACAAAUGAAGGCGGAUCAAGGAGAUUAUGAACAACAACUCGCCCAAGUCAGAAAGGAGGCGGAAGAAGAGGCUAAAAAGGCCAUGUCAUCAGUAGAUGCUGGUCAAGUGGCUCAGCUCAAGCAAGAACACCAAGAACUACAGAACAAAUUUGAAGAUAUGGAUAUUCUUUGCAAUGAACGGUCAAAGGAAAUUCAGAGUCUCAAGAAAGAUCUUAGAGAUGCCAAGAAUACCAUCUCUGAGAAGAACAAGUAUAUAUCAGAGAAUGAGGACUUGAUUCUAUCACUCAAGAAACAGCUUGAUGAACUGAAGAAGAAAUGCGAUAGUUUGAUGGACUCAAACUCUUCUAAGAACAGUGCAUCAGAAGUCCAGAUUAAGAACCUGACCGAGAUCAACGCAAAAUUGGAGAAAAGGAUAGCUGAAAUGGAGAAAUCGAAGUCUUCAAAUAAUAAAAAACUCAAAGAAAGUUCCCAGGCCUAUGACGAACUCCAGAAGAAAAUGAAGAAGAAGGUUGAAAUCCUCCAGAAUGACGUUUCCAAGGCCAAGAAGGAGUCCAAGUCUAAAAUUGAUAAACUCCAGAAACAAGUUGAUGAAGCCAAGAAGCUUGAAUCUAAACUCAAAGAUGCGAAGGAUCAAAUCACCGAACUUGAAAUGGCAAAUGAACAACUUACAGGUGAUAAGGAGAAGCUUGAGAGCAAAAUUAAGAAAUUAGUGACGAAGAAUAAGGAACUUCUGGCCUUACUCCAAAAGGUCUUGAAGUGCUAUGAACCGAUAGUCUCCAACCUCUCUUGACUUAGUUGUCUUGAAAUACUGGAAAGACCUCUGAUGCUGAUUUGAGGGCACUCAAUCUGUAUGAAAUGAUUCAAUUCUCAUAGUGACCCCAACAGCAAAGACUCAAUAGUCUUUUGCGAAGAAUGCAAAAUUGAGACUAAGAAUAAAGAGUUGAUGGAAAGCAAAGUGAUAGAGACCCUUGCCACUAAAUUUAAGGAGAGCAAGAAGCUCAUCACUGAAGGAGUGGGAAUGCUAAAAUAAAUCACAUUAUGGUUGAAAUAAUUCCUUCAUAAACCAUAUUUCUU